AUGCACAGGUCUUUUCAGUCGCUUAGUAGCGAGAGCCCAGAUGACGCAAGCAACCACGAUACCUCUUUGCAGAGCACUGGAGGACGGAACAGAAAAACCUAUUGUGGAAGAAGACCUAUUCCGAUACCAGAGAUAUCGCUGGCUAUAUUUUUCGCCGAAGUACGGAUUGAUAUUGUCAACCUAAGUUCUUCAGGAGCCAACACGCUAUCGCAAAUUUAA